CUCUUCCCAGGAGGCUGUGCGUGCCGCGGGUGCAUCUGGGAGUUGUGGUCCUCGGGGCGGGAACUGCGUCCCAGGAUACAGCGCGUGGCCGCGCGGCGGGGGUUUGGAGCGAGGGUCUCGGCGGCGGCGGCGGCGGCAGGUCUUUUCGGGGGCCGCCGGUAGAGCGGGUGCGGGCGCUGCCCCAGAGGUGAUGAUGGGCAAGGAGGAGGAGAUCGCGCGCAUCGCCCGGAGGCUGGACAAGAUGGUGACCAGGAAGAGCGCGCCAGCAGCCAGUCGGGUUGGGCAGAUGGUAGAGACUGGGACGAGCUCGCGGGCUUUAUGAGACCCCGGAGGAGGGCCGGCGCUGCCCCUGCUGCCUGGCCUCUUGCCUGCCCAGCGCUGAGCCUCGGAGGUGGUGUGUGCAACCUUCCAGGAGGGAGCCAUGGACCUGCUGCGGGAGCUGAAGGCCAUGCCUAUCACGCUGCACCUGCUCCAGAUGUUUCCAAUGCUAAAACCAGGGAUCCAGGGAGGGACACACCUCUACCCACAUCGUCCACAAAGAAUGCCUCAGAGGCCAUGGAUCACAGCCGUAAGAGGCUGGACCUUCCCAGGAUGUCAUCCACCCCAAGGAUCACCACAUUUCCUCCGGUGCCCAUUACUUGCGAUGCUGUGCGCAACAAAUGCCGUGAGAUGCUAACCACUGCCCUGCAAACAGACCAUGACCAUGUGGCAGUGGGCACAGACUGUGAACGUCUAUCGGCUCAGAUCGAGGAGUAUAUCCUUUGUGCAGACUUUGCGGGGGCCCGAGGCUUCAGGUGGAGUCUGUGGGCCACUGGGCCUGGCUCCCUCUGGUGGCUGCUGGACACCACUGCCGCGGUGCCAGUACCCUCUCUGGGCUGCAUCUUCCUGGAUGUGGGAAACACAGACAUGAAGUACAAGAACCGUGUGAGGAGCCGUAUCUCUAACCUUAAAGAUGCCAAGAACCCGGAGCUUCGGAGGAACGUGCUAUGUGGUGCCAUAACACCCCAGCAGAUCGCGGUGAUGACGUCGGAGGAGAUGGCGAGUGAUGAGCUGAAGGAGAUCCGCAAGGCCAUGACCAAGGAGGCCAUCCGGGAGCACCAGAUGGCCCGCACAGGUGGCACGCAGACAGACUUGUUCACCUGUGGCAAGUGCAGAAAGAAGAACUGCACCUACACGCAGGUGCAGACUCGCAGCUCUGAUGAGCCCAUGACCACCUUUGUUGUCUGCAAUGAGUGUGGAAACCGCUGGAAGGGCCACAGCUGGAUGGCUCCCCCUGCCUUCAUGCAGUUCUGCUGAGCCCUCAUGCAGAUGUGCUGCCGCCCCAGGCUAGUCCAUGGCCUCCUGCAUUCCUGGUGGACACAAGCUUCGCUGGAGAUCCCCAGAAGGUGGCACGCCUGCUCCAGCUUGCCUGCUUGGCAUGCACUGUUCUGCCUUUUGCCCCUCAUUAUUAAAUGUCUUGUUUUGCCAUCUUGC